UCCGUGUUAUUUCUAAGGGGGAAGCAGGGAGAGAAAAGUACUGAAGAAAAAAAACAAAAACCCCAGAAGACGAUGUGGACGAUCCGCGACACGAGGAUGGACUGAAUGGAGGCGACGAGUGUCCACGAGCGGAGGAUAAACCCAGCGACGGUCCCCCGAGCGGCUUGUUGAGUUCUCCGUAGUCGUCCAGCCCUCGGCCUCCCCAUGCCUCCAUCUCCUCUUGACGACAGAAUUGUGGUGGCGCUGCCAAGGCCGAUCCGACCUCAGGAACUCCAACUGCGCCUGGACACCAGCUACCUGGACACCAUCGCCAGCAGCAGCAGCAGCAGCAGCAGCAGCAGCAGCAACAGCAGCAGCAGCAGCAAGACCGUCAUCAGCACCACCGUGGUGAAGAUUCGGGCGACGGCCAAUCUUGUAACGUAUAUGCCCUCAUCCAAGGGCUCCACGCGCUCGUUGUCGUGUGGAUGCAGCAGUGCCAGCUGUUGCUCUGUGACUACCUAUGAGAAGGACAGCCAGAGCCUCAGCCACAGCCAGGUGAGCGCCAGCAGCCCGAACCUCAGCUAUGCCGGGCCCCCCACCACAAUGGUCAGUAACCAUGAAGCACUAAGCACUCCCAGUCUCACCUCUGGCACCCUGAAGGCCGUAUCCACCGUGAGGGUCAUCCAUCCCAAUGAGCUGGCCAAGCGGAUGACCUGCUGCCCCAUGGGCCACCCCAUCGGGCCCAUGCCGGUCAUCAUCGACUGCCGGCCCUUCAUGGAGUACAACAAGAGCCACGUGCGGGGGGCCGUGCACAUCAACUGCUCCGACAAGAUCAGCCGGCGGCGGCUGCAGCAGGGCAAGAUCACUGUGCUGGACCUCAUCUCCUGCCGUGAGGGCAAGGACUCCUUUAAGGGCAUCUUCUCCAAAGAGAUUGUGGUUUACGACGAGAGCACCAUGGACCCCCACCGGCUGACGUCCUCCCAGCCCCUGCAUGUGGUCCUGGAGUCUCUGAGGAGGGAGGGCAAGGACCCCAUCAUCCUCAAAGGAGGCCUUAGCUGCUUCAGGCAGAGCCACGAGAACCUGUGCGAGCAUUCGCUGCACCUCCGCGAGGGCUUCGACACGGGCGCUGCCGCUGGCCUGACGGGGCCGCUACCUCACUCCCUGCCCUCCACCCCGGACAUAGAGAACGCAGAGCUGACGCCAAUCCUGCCCUUCCUCUACCUGGGGAACGAGCACGACGCUCAGGACGCCAACCUGCUGCAGCGCUUGAACAUUGGCUACAUCCUGAACGUGACCACCCACCUGCCGCUCUACCACUACGACACGGGCCUCUUUGUCUACAAGCGCCUACCCGCCACCGACAGCAACAAGCAGAACCUGCGGCAGUACUUCGAGGAGGCGUUUGAAUUCAUCGAGGAAGCACAUCAAGCAGGUAUGGGCCUUCUGAUCCACUGCCAGGCAGGCGUGUCUCGUUCAGCCACCAUCGUGAUUGCCUACCUGAUGAAGCACACCUGGAUGACCAUGACAGACGCCUACAAGUUUGUCAAGACCAGGAGGCCCAUCAUCUCCCCCAACCUCAACUUCAUGGGCCAGCUGCUGGAGUUCGAGGAGGACCUGAACAACGGGAUAACGCCGCGGAUCCUCACGCCAAAGCUGACCGGUGUGGAGACGGUCGUCUAAACGAACCCCCUUGUCCGACUUGAUGCUAAAACUUCCGCUCGCUGUUUUUCAAGAGACCAGUCGGUUUGGAGCGUGAGAGAGAAAGAGAGAGACGAUGUGUUCUUCUCGAGUCUCCUCAUGCUCAUCGUUGACUCUCUGGAGGUGCCAAAGCUCUGGGUCAGCGGUGAUGACAAAUGCCAAAAAAUCCCUGCUGUUUGGACCUGGACGAUGUCCCGGAGGAGGCGUUAUUGGCGAGAUUUCCUUUUGGGACCGCAGAGGAGCGAAUAUGAGGGAAAAGAAAUUCAGAAAAACAUACUACGUGCUUCUGGGCAAUUACUGACAAAAGAAAAACUCUUAAAGUUCACACUGUGGCACAGAGUUUAUGUUUGCCGACUCAAGCUGGAGUUGGCCACGGCAGUGCCUGUCAAAAAAAAAAAAUAGAUGAAGACAUGUUUGGUGUGUUAAUGUUGUUGUUCUAUUUUUAUACAGGGGUUUAUGGGGUGACCAUGACGAGCCCACCGUGGCUCACUGUGCAAUAAUUUCAGAGUGGAAUGCAACUGAGACCUUGAUCUUAUGUGUAUAUAUGGGUAACGAUUACGAAACAUUUCCAGCUCUUUGCUGAAAAACCAUUUUGAUGUUAUUGUGAAUACUGUCGUUCAGUUCUGUACGUUUAUGUUGAUGGUGCAGGCAGUUAUGCUGUAAUAUUUGGCGCAGAUGUGUGCACGAGACAGAAAAAAAAAGGGUUUUAUUUUGUUUUCAGUGAGCUUAUGUGUUUGUCGGUCAAACCACAAAUUCAUAUUUCAUGUGUUUGCUUCAGUAUUUUCAUUUUGCCAUUCCUGCAUCUACAGAAGCAUAUAUUUUAGCAAUAUAUAUAUUAUAUCAGACAGCCAUAAGCGCUUUUUCUCAUGCAGAGGAGAGAACACUUUGAAAUAAUCAGAGAACAUUAUAAAACAGGGCUACCGGUGAUGUUUAAUGUAACAGAGCGGAGGAAUUUCACUGCCUGCUUCUGUCUCCUCUGCUCUUUUUGCUUUUUGCUCUAAUUCAUUCAUGGGCCAGCUCUGUUGUUACGUACCCAUGUUACCGUCCCAUUGUGGCUACAUGUUACGUUUUUUUUUAUCAAUGCACUUGAUUUUGAUCCAUUCUAGGGUAGCAGAGUCGAGGUGCACACUUCAAACAAACAUAUGCCUCCUCCCGAGGGUCACAGCUUUGGUUUGAGCAAUGUGACCCUCGUUUUAAUCUUUUGCAACUCCCCGUCACUGACACUAAGCUACAGUUAAGUGAGCUCUCCAGCCUCACGAAGGCGAGAGCUGCCGUCACGUGCUGUUCUAGUGCCUCUAUCAAUGCCUUAAUUCAUGUGUCACCAGUGGGCCUGCGCACGGUGCACCAUCACGUGCAGACGGCUGCAGAUCACAACGAAUUUGUUUUGCCCCCAGUAAAAAGCAAAAAUUUUCCUGCAAAUCCUGAUUAACAUGCAGAGUUUUACAGAGCUGCAUUCAGAGAUGCUAAAAAAAAAAUCCUUGAGGUGAAAAUGCACAUUAUGUAACCACGAGAGAGAAACUGAGCACCACCAUGAAUUGUAAAUCAACUUGGGACUUAAUCGUAGUAAAAAGUACAUGCACGCACACAAAGUUUACCCAUCACCUGAAAAUACUCAUCUUUCACCCAUUUUACACACAAGUAUAUAUCUAGACAGACAUGAAGAGGAAAAAAAUCUCAACUUAAUGGUGCAACUUCUUCAUGCCUUCAUUCUUAGGCCUGGGGUUUACCUGCUGUUUGACCGAGGGUACAACGGGCAACAAUUCUGUUUUGACUGACAGACCCCUCGCGGCUGCAGAGUUAUAAUUUUUGUUUAUAAAGAAAAAAACUGAGAUUUUAAGAAUGAUCACGUAAUUAUUAGAAAGAAAAAAGUUGUAAUUUAAUGAGAAAAAAGUCGUAAUAUAAACCUGGCAACUGGCUUCUAAAAUGACAUGUAGCCUGAAAUUAUGACUUUAUUCUCGUAGUAUUUUGACUAAAUUCUUGACAAAUUACGACUUUAUUCCGUCAGUAUCAUUUAUCUUGCAAUAUUACAACUUUAUUCUCAUAAUAUUACGACUUUUUUCAGGUAACAGUACAACUUGAUGCUUGUAAUAUUCCCACUUAAUUCUCAGAGUUUUUACCUUGACGUGGCCCUAGUACUCCGUCGUCCUGUUCAGUUCUCUGUUGUUUUGCAACAAAGGCAUAAUAUGAAGCACAGUGCUAACACCAUCAUUGUCAAAGAACAAAAAAAAAAAUAUCUCUGUGAACUGUUUUAUCGUCUAAACUGAACCCAAAAGUUUCUGAAUGAACGGAGUGGUCAUAGCAUAAUGAACACAGACCCACUCAGAAAGGCUUUACAACACCAACAUCCACAACAAUAAGCUUCAAAAAUCCCUCAUGUGAAAAUUCAUGCUAUGCAAAAUGAAACUGUAACAGGUUGGUGUUUUUGAACCCGACUAUCAUUAAAUCCCGUUGUGAGGUGUGUGCGAACAUUUCGACGUUGAAGCAUGAUCAGGUUCGCAGCCUCGGAUUGAAGUGAGUUUUACGUACGACUUAUCGACAGGAACGUUUAAAACAAAUGUUUGUGUGGGGGGGCGUGUCCUCACUUGUAUUUUUGUUGCGGUUGUCAUUGGUGUCUACUGGUGCUCCACGAUAUAUUUGAAUACGAUAAAAAAAAAAAAGAAGGUAUGUAUCGACCAUUUACCACACGUUUGUAGCUUGUGCGUUUGUUUUUAGUGAUUUGCAAAAAAACAUAAAGGAAAAAAGAGAGUGCUUAUCAUCUGAGCCGGUGUUAUAUAAGAAUAUUGUACCUUUUCCUCCCAUCUGCCGGUUCCUACAACCGCAGCGGCACAUGGCUUUUUUGUAUGUAACGAUCUAUUUGACUGAACAAUGUAACCGUCGUACUGUAAAUUACUCUCUCCGGUUGGAAAAGAAGCAUGCUGUGUGCUCCUGGUCUGUGAGGGACACUCGCAGCCGUUAUGGUGCUGUCCGUCUUUCCCACACUGCUCUUUCUGUAGAGGUCACAGCCUGACUCACAGCUCCGAGAGGCGUCUGGGCCUGCUCCGUUUUAUUUGAAAACACAGUUCUGCAUUUGAACAAUAUCAGGCUGUGCACUCUUUUACGACUAGACUUGUUUAAGAGUCUCCACUUUGGGCUUCGCUCGACAAGUCUCCGUAUCUUUCUCGUGUCUGUAGUCAAUGGUCAAGUAUAUACAGUAUAUAAAUAUAUAUCUAUUUUCUUUGUAUGCAUAUAUUCAUUACUAUUUUUGCACUGACCUACGGACAGAUGGAUUUAUUUUUUUCCACAAAGGGUGCUAUUAUAACGGAGGCCUUCUCCCACACCUUUUUGCAUGACUUGCUCAAAAAUUCCUCAACUGGUCUGUCAUCUCUCCUACUCUUCUCCUACUACUCCUUGAACUGUUGCAAUUGAAGCACUGUAAUUUUGUAAUCCCUACUUGUGAGCUUUGAAAUAAACAGGGAGGCUUCAAGUUUGUUUUGGCGUCCGGGAGGUUUAUUUUCUCACGAUUUCUUUCCUGCUGCAGAGGGACUCGUUUCUUUUUUUAGUUGCUCAAAGAAUAAAGGAGAAAUAUGUUUCUGA